AUGGAGCUGCGAGCCUACUACGCCUCUCUCGCCCUGGAAGAACUCAUAAGCUUUUUGUUGGAAGGAGGGGACGUCGCUCUCCUCGAUGCUACCAACUCCAACGUGGAUCGUCGUAACUACAUCGCCUCGCGUUGCUCCAGCCUCGGAUUUCACGUUCUCUACCUCGAAAGCAUCUGCGACGACCCAGAACUGAUCCAUAAGAACUGUCUCUCCAAACUCCAAAAUCCCGAUUACAAAGAUCGUUCUCCCGACGAGGCGUUAGCCGAUUUCUACCAACGUCUCGAGAACUACAAGCUGAAUUACGAGCCUCUCGACAAAGAGCGCGAUCGCGAGUCAUCAUACAUCCGUCUGUUCAACGUGGGCGAAUACAUCGUCGCCAACCACUGCAACGGCGUCCUGGAGAGCGACGUCGUGUCGUACCUCCUCAACACGCACCUGGUUCCGCGCAAAAUCUGGCUCUGCAUCCACGGGGAAACCGACUUCACGCGCCGCGGAAUCCUCGGCGGCGACCCGCCGCUCAACCAGAACGGCGCGGAGUUCGCGCGGAAACUGCACGAUUUCAUCCGGAGUCGCGGCAAAGACAACGUCACGAUUCUCUGCGAUCGGUCGCUGCGCGUCGCGCAGACGGUGCGGCCGCUCGCGGGCGAUUACAACCGGUGCACGCUGCUGCGCGAGCUGAACGGGGGCGAUUACGCGCGGAUGACGUACCAGGAGAUCAAGGAGCGCUAUCCGGAGGAAUACAUGAAGCGGAAGCGGAAUAAGCUGGAGUACAGAUACCCCGACGGAGAGUCGUAUUUGGACGUGAAGGACCGGCUGAGCCCCGUUAUCAUGAAAAUCGUGAGCUGCAGGGACAAUGUGCUGAUCGUCGGACAUGUGGCGGUCAUUCGCAUAUUGCUCGCGUAUUUUAUGGAUAAGCCCAUCGCGUCCAUUCCGGACAUGGAGGUGAAGAUGCAUACGGUGUACGAGCUGGAUCCGACGGCGUAUUGCCAUGAAGCUGUCCCUUAUGAACUGUAA